AUGACUGCAACUAACUUAAUUCAGCGCGACGAGCGACGUGAUAGAGACCGAGGUGACCGGGGAGACCGCAGUGAGCGACCAGAGAGAGGAGAGCGCCGGCGCUCGCGUUCGCCUCACCACGGCUCCCGAGGGGGCUCGCGCCGCGAACACGAAGCCAACUCCUACUCAUCCAGCCGCGACUACCGUGCCCGUGAGCGCGAAGACCGCUACUCCGGCAGACGCGAAGAGCGUGACUGGGACCGAGGCGAUCGCGGUGACAGAGCUGAGCGUGGCGGUGGCGGUGGUGGUGAUCGCCGACGACGUGACUUCGAUGACAGACCCCGACGAGACUUGUUUGAGGAUCGACCCCGACGUGGUGGCGGUGAUCGAGACCGUGGUGGCCGGGACCGCGGCGAUCGCGGCGGUGGUGACAGAAGAGAGCAACCAAAGAGGAGCCCUUCACCUCCGCGGAAGAAGGAGCCAACCCCCGAUUUGACCGACGUCCCUUCCAUCCUGGAUCGCAAGCGUCGUCUUACUCAAUGGGAUAUCAAGCCCCCCGGCUAUGAAAAUGUCACCGCCGAGCAGGCGAAAUUGUCCGGCAUGUUCCCUCUGCCCGGAGCUCCUCGACAGCAGCCCAUGGACCCUUCUCGCCUCCAGGCUUUCAUGAACCAGCCUGAAGGGGAAUCCACAGAGUCCACAGCCCUCAAGCCAUCCAACUCCCGCCAAUCCAAGCGUCUCUUCGUCUAUAAUAUCCCCCAGAACUCUACAGGAGAUUCUGUCGUGUCUUUCUUCAACCUUCAGCUGAACGGCCUCAAUGUCAUUCACAGCGUCGAUCCUUGUAUCUCCGCCCAAGUUGCCGAUGACAAGUCGUUCGCCCUUUUGGAAUUCAAGACUCCCAACGAUGCAACCGUUGCGUUGGCCUUUGAUGGAAUCACCAUGGCUGACGGUGGUGAGAAGGGACUUGAGGUCCGCCGACCCAAGGAUUACAUCGUUCCCGGUGGAAGUGGAGAGCAGGAGUACCAAGAAGGUGUGCUUCUGAACGAGGUGCCAGACUCGCCCAACAAAAUUUGCGUUUCCAACAUCCCGCCUUUCAUCCCAGAGGAGGCCGUCACCAUGCUGCUCAAGUCUUUUGGUGAACUCAAGUCAUUUAUCUUGGUGAAGGAUGCCUCGACGGAAGAGUCACGCGGUAUCGCAUUCUGCGAGUAUGUCGAGCCCACAUCUACUCCCAUCGCCGUUGAGGGUUUGAACGGUAUGGAACUGGGCGAUCGCCACCUGAAGGUAUCCCACGCCAGUAUCGGAACCACCCAAGCCGUUGGCCUGGACAUGGGCGUCAACGCCAUGUCGAUGUUCGCCAAGACCACCUCCCAGGACAUGGAGACGGGUCGUGUUCUGCAGUUGCUGAACAUGGUCACCGUGGACGAGCUUCUUGACGACGACGACUACGAGGAGAUCCUCGAGGAUGUUGGCGAAGAGUGCUCUAAGUAUGGCAAGGUCCUGAGCUUGAAGGUUCCGCGUCCCAGCGGUGGAAGCCGCCAGACCUCUGGCGUGGGCAAGAUCUAUGUUAAGUUCGAUACCGAGCAAUCGGCCACUAGCGCCCUCAAGGCUCUCGCUGGCCGGAAGUUCUCGGACCGCACCGUUGUCGUCUCCUACUUCGGAGAAGAGAACUUCGAUGUGGACGCCUGGUAA